AUGCCUCAACAAUGUGAUUGUUGUAUAUCUUGUCUUCCUUUCUAUUCUUUUUUCAGCAGUCUCCCUUUCUUUUCUUUUCUCGGCUGUCUCCCUUUCUUUUCUUUUCUUUUCUCGGUUGUCUCCCUUUCUUUUCUUUUUCGGCUGUCUCCCUUUCUUUUCUUUUUUCGGCUGUCUCCCUUUCCUUUCUUUUCUCGGCUGUCUCCCUUUCUUUUCUUUUUUCGGCUGUCUUCCUUUCUUUUCUUUCCUCGGCUGUCUCCCUUUCUUUUCUUUUUCGGAUGUCUCCCUUACUUUUCUUUUUUCGGCUGUCUCCCUUUCUUUUCUUUUUUCGGUUGUCUCCCUUUCUUUUCUUUUUCGGCAAUAUUCCUUUCUAUUCUUUUUUCAGCUGUCUUCCUUUCUUUUCUUUCUCGCCUGUCUCCCUUUCUUUUCUUUUUUCGGCUGUCUCCCUUUCUUUUCUUUUUCGGCUGUCUCCCUUUCUUUUCUUUUUUCGACUGUCUUCCUUUCUUUUCUUUUUUCGGCUGUCUAAUUUCUCGCGGAGAAGAGAUUCUUGCACUUUCUCUAUCUCUCUUCCCUCUCUUUCUAUCGCUCUCCUCCCACUGUCUCUCUCUUUGUUCCCUACCUUUCUGUAGAUAUGUGUAUGUUUCUUUUUAUUUUGAUUACUUUGUUUCAUUCUUCAUUCUCUUUCCGCGAAAAAAUCUAUAA